AUGGGCGCUGCAAAAGGCCCAGUGAAAGGAAAGUACCCGGAUCCCAACGUCGUAUUAGAAAAUAGAGACAUUGCCGUAGAGAUAUUCACCGAAACCUUUAGAAGGGAGUUUCCAACUUUAGCGCGCGAAGGCUUGGAAUUUGCUUUGUUCAAGACGUUCACGGUACCGUCAGUCAGCAAACUUCUUGUUGCCACGGGCGAAUUUGCCAAAGACAGUACGCGUCGCACUGAAGACACGGAAUUAAUCUUAUCCGAGAUCAUCGAUCCUUUUGCACGCAUCCACAAUACCCUCAUGGACAAUCUAGAAGUCACAGACGACGAUAUCAAACUGCAGGAAGAGCGGUCCCAGAAAGCCAUUGAACGUUUGAACCUAAUCCACGGUGCCUACCCUAUCUCCAACGACGACUAUCUUUUUACACUCGCCUUGUUUUUGGCCGAGCCCUCGCGAUGGAUCAACUCGUACGAAUGGAGAGAGAUGGAUGUUCGAGAGAUGAACCACUAUGAGAAAAAGCUUUGUCGUUACAGCCCGACGAACUGGCAAGUGGCGAUUCCAACCAUCAACCACGUUUUAUCGACAUUACCGGCGUUUCUACGACCAAUCGUUUUCAAAUUUGUGCCCUGCCUUUUGGAACCAAAUGAUUAUAUUUAUUUUGGCAUUGACGCCCCAUCAUGGUGGGUGAGAGUUUUAUUCCACGUUAUCGUGUAUACACGCGCCAAGUUCAUCCGAUAUUGUUGCUUGCCAAGACGCAAAUACCUUAUUCGUACACCGCUAAGGAAAGCAGAAAACGGUCGAUACAUGCCUCUCUAUGAAAUCUCCCGAUGUGUUUAUGCACAAGGCUACAAGGUGGAGGAACUUGGACCGGACAAAUUCCUGCCGAAGUGCCCCCUUGGUUUUUAG